AUGUUGCGCGAAGGUUAUGUGAAGGACGUGGAAGGGGAGGUGUACCGCCGGGACGGGUACAGCUGCCUCAACUCGACCAUGCGCGAGCUGAUGCGAGGGCACGCCAUUCAUGUGAUCGCAGUAGCUCCUCUGCUUCAAUGCAUGGUCCCGGGCGAUGACGCUUUCGUGGUCAAAUUGGCAGAUAUCGCCUCGCUAGGCGAGUUGAGGCAGCGAAUCAAACGAACUAGGCCGCAACGCUUCGAGUCAACGCCGGCAAACGCGAUCAGCAUUUACGUAGCGAAGGAACAAGAUAAGUGGCUUGGUGUGGAGUCAGACGAAACCGCAGUACUAAAGCGCGGGGAAACCACAAGUCGGGUGAAGGCGUUCAUGUCGAAACGCGCGAAUUCGCUGACCGAUUUGGGGAAUCCGUUUGCAGACCUGCAGUCCAUUCACGUUAUUGCCCUGAGCCCCGAAUAUUCCCUUCGACGCGCGCCCACGGGGGUGCUCGGGAAGCGACGAGUGUACUGGGACGCUCUGAACGAGAAGCUCCCGAAGCUGAAUAAUGGCAAACCAAUUAGUCUGAGCAAGAUUAGCUGGAACACCAUUCGUAACUUCUACGAGGAGGAAACGUACGAACAGCCAGUCCAUCCAUGUCCAUUCUGCUUCAGUGACACUGAAGCAGAAUGCACGACGAUUCUAUUCAAUCUCUUUAAUGAGGCGCUUGACGCGGUGGGUGACGGAAGUGUCAAGAUUCGCAUGCAGUUUGUACGCGUGAUGGAGACGAAGAAGAUCAGCACCGCCAAAUCCGAAGACGACAGCGAGGACGACAAGACCAAUGAAGAGAGGAAAGAGGAAGAAGAUGAUGACUAA